AGGUGAGCCUCGAGGUGAACCAAACGCUAGGAAUUUGCUUGUGGCGAUGAGAGGUGACCCCUUCUGAGCACCGGAUUUGGCGGUUAAGAACUCAUCUGUGGAGAUCUAGAACUCGUGUGCAUUGUAACAGUGUUUUUGAACUUCAGAACUGAAGUGUUUAUAAAAUGGUUGCGCACAGUGUCUAGCACAUUUAGACGACGGGCUCUGGUAACUUUAGCAGCGGAUAUGGGAUCGUCUAAUAAUUACUUCUCACAUCAGCGAAUUCGUUGGAUCGGGACGGAGGGCUCGGAUGAAGUUCCCGAACGGACGGCUGGAAACGUAUAAAUUCCCCUGCAACCGCACCUGUUCGGAUGAGUCCUGUGGUUUUCGGAAAGGAAUUGAACACUUUCAGUGAACUGACAAAUGAAAGUUGAUAGGUGGACUGUACCUUCAUCCGCUUGAAUUGAACUUGAAGGUGAGAAGCACAAGUCACUUGAGGGUACGAACUCAGGCAGAGAAUCUGGAUUCGGACUCAUCGGGGUUUCGUUGGGGACGAAUGAGAGGGAUUUGUGUCAGCAUCUGCGAAUUAAAGAACUUGGAAUAUGUUAUGUUCAAUACGACUUGAAAGAAAUAAUCUGUUUGUUUGAAAAAGACGCGGGGGUUGAAGAGGGGCGUGCGAGGUCUAUUAUUGCAGACGAAAAUUUCGAGGUAUGUUUUGAUUGUUGGGCAUGCGGUUCCAGUCACAGUGGGAGGAUAGGCUAGGUCUGGUACAGUCGUGAUUGUAUGGACAUUGGAAUGCUGUGAGCAUAUCUGAGGGUAGUUCCCGUGUUUGGAGUUGUGACUGAUUGUAGUCUCUUUCCUGUGAUGGCAAGAACGAUUACUUCCUAGUGUGUAACAAUCGUAAGAAGGUGCUCCCUGGUCUUAUACUUGGCUAUCACUUGUGCAUAGCUUCCCUACUUGAACGGAAGCCCAGGCGUGGAGGACAUUGGUGGAAAGGUUAAGCGAAGCGUGAGCUUGUUCGAGCACAAUGUGUCACGGUUUGAUUGAGCAACGGCCGGCCACGAUAUGUAUUCCCGAUCUGCUUCGGGACCUUGCGUAUCAAGAGCCUGAUUACAAUAUAUAUGUUGAUAGCUAUCCAAGUGUGGACGAUGUCAUCGACCUACCCAUGGUUGACGAUGAGUUGCUGCCAGAGCCAUCGAGCUUGUCGGAUGAUGCCUUGGCUGACAUUGUCAAAGAGUAUUCCUCGGCAGUGAAGAAGCUUGACCCUGAGGAUGUUGGCGAUGCCGGGGCUGACGCGCUUGGGUCGUCAGGAGUCCUUUCGGCAUGGCUUGAUAUCACUAAGGAUGGAUUCUGCGCAGGAAAAGACUCUACACCUAAGAAGUCUGCAACAGUGGCAUCCGAAACGUCUUGUGAGGGUACCGUCGAGAAUGUUUCCAAUGCAGUCGAGUCUUUACCAAAAAGUAGAAAAGCUCGCAAAUCUGCCUCCAAAGACCAGGGCCAUGCCCAACAUGACUCCGAGAUGGAUGAUGAGGCGCCUGUUCUCAUUGACGAGAAACGGAAACGAAGAAUGUCCUCGAAUCGUGCAUCGGCUCAAAGAUCUAGACUGAGGAAGCAAGGGCGUUUGGACGAGCUUGAGAUUUUGACUGCUCAGUUGCGGCUGGAGAACUCAACUCUCUCUCGCAAGUCAAUCUUGGCCGAACAGCUAGUCAAAAAAUACCAGGUCGAAAAGAGUGAUCUGGCGAAGAAGGUCGAGGAACUGAGAAAGGAGCUGGAGCAGGCUCGACAGGCACGAGCGCAGGGGUCACCCUAUUAUGGAACUGGAACAUUGCCAAAUGGCAAUCACAUCUCCGGCCUCUGCAAAAAGGUCGAUGAAGGCGAAUCUCUUUCAGGCGAAAGUGUGGGUUCUGAGAUGUCACCUCAGAGCAGCCACGAUAGCGAUAAUACAAACUUCGAUGUCGAGCAGCGAAGCAUCUCCAGUACCGACCCGCAGUCCGACAUCUCUGCAGACCUAGUUGACCCAUUCGAUCUCGAUCAGUUCGACGUCAGCUUCAGCGAUGGAGUGCCGGAGUUUGUUCAAGAGGAGUGGUGCGAAUCAUUCUCCGAGUGUUUGAACGCGUGACCUCGGUUGCUCAUGCAGCUCAUCGAAGAUCAGCCCAGCUCAGUGAUUUCCCAGUUCCAACCUAAACUUCUAAUGUUUGAACACUGCUAGUCAACAAUUCAUUGCUAAUUGUUUGCCAUGUGAAUUGAUAUAUACAAUUCAAUAUAAUCUGUACACAGCAGACUAUUUUGUACAAAAUUCUAAUUAUCGUAAGAUACAAAAACCGACUUAAAGUUUAUUCUUUACUU